CUCCUACAAUGUGACCUGCAAGACCCAAUUGAUGCCACCGCCUCGCCUUAUACCAUCUCUGCGGCCAUGUCAUCCCCCGUGGAGUGCUGUCCAAAGUCGCUGGGCGCCAGAUAGCAGCAUAGCUGCGCCUAGCCGACAUGGUCACAGUGAUGCUGUAAAAAGCCCUCCACCGCGGGAGGGCCAACCUGCUAAGAAGCAAGACUCAAAAGAAAAGUCAUUGCCCGCGGAAUCCCCCAAAGAACACAUUGAGAGACCGUCGAGGUCAGACACCUUGGACGCAGGUUGGUGGACGUCUACUGUGGGGAAAAUAUGGUCGCCAAAACCACAACCAAGGGAGCUGGAGGUUGAGAGCGGUUUGGGGAAGGUAGAGACACCGAACGCCCCCGAACGAUCCUUGGAGCAAUGCGAAACGAAACCGACCAAAACCGACCAGACCUAUAAUAAGCCUCCUAAUGUACCUCUCCCAACGGAAAUCAAUGCUGUGACGAAGCGCUCGGAAGCAGCAAUAGAUCCGCGUAGGGAGGUGGAAGACAGCCCGUAUACGGUGAAGGCCAACGUCGAACCAUUACUGUCAAGGCAGAAUAAGGAUGUGGAAGCACAACUACAGUCGCUACGUGCCGAAGUCAAGAGGUUGAAAGGCUUAGUCGAUGCCCAGCAACCUUCGGUUGCAAAGCCGAAUGUGCCAGACAAUACAAAGAUCACUCCAACUCGAAUCAUCGCGACGCGACACACUUCCCGUAGUUUUCAAACACCCAAUCAAAUUAUGAGAAGGGGCCGACGACGUACGAAUCGCAUCGCUAUGAAUCUGGACAAGAUUAAGGAAGAUGUUGCAAAUGUUCAAUGCCUCGAGGCACAACUCCCCGAAACCUCAUGUUGGAGAUCACAGAAAUCGUUCAGUAAACUGAGUUUCCACAAUAUGAAUAAAGUUGCGCGGCUCGCUCACACAGGAGAUCAUAAGGAUGCUCUCUCGAGCUCGGUCGCAAAUGUGGCAAAUGUCGUAGGGCGUGAUCUUUCAAGGGCGGCAUUGGCCAGAUCACCGAACAAUGUGGUAGGCCGCGCUCCUUCUGACCUCGACGCAAAUGCUCGCCAUUCUACGCAAACCGUAGUCAGAUCUCAAGCAAGACAGGAGGAGUUGCGAGCGCACGCACAAGGUGAUCACAGGAUGUCUAUCAAUGGUUCGGACAGUUCAAAACUCACGACAUCAUCGAUCACCGAUGCUAUUGCCGAGGAGUCAAUGUCUCGAACUAUACAAACCCGCCUCGCCGCAGCAUUUGAGCAAACACCGACCGAUGGACAGCGGUUGAUUCGAGGUCUUCACACUACGGCUCGAGUUGGCAGUGCGGACCGACCCACAAGGGGUUCCGAGCCAGGUGGCAAGCCUGAGAGAGGCCCACGCAGGCCUUCUGAGAGCGGAAGUAAGGGCGAUACUACCACGCGGUCUUGGGCGCAAGAAAUGAGCGAGCAAUCACUUUUAGAGGAGCUAUUUCCAGAGGCAUCGACAUAUAUACAGCCACACUACCCAGCGAGACAUCCGUAUCCCAAGCUAGAUUUACCAAAGGACUCGCCUCUAGUUCGCCGCCACGAUGCUGGCCCAAAGAAAUCGUACCGCGAACUGAUGCUCGAGGCAUUUCACAAAAAGGGUGAAAGGAUCACAGCUCUCCAGUUGGUCAACUGCAGUACUGAACUUACCGAGGCCGACUUCCGCCAAUUGAUGCCAAAAGGAAAGCACAUAGAGGCUUGGGUACGCGACGGUGAAUUCGAGAAGGUCAUCCCUGGACGCGACCCUUUAAGCCUGGAGCGCCUUCCAUUCUACUACCUCCUUUUCAAAUCACCCGAGGCGGCGCUCUCCUACCAGAACAACGCGGCGAGAUUGCACAAAUUGAGUGGGCUCCACCAACCCAGCAACGUGUUCUCCGCAAUUCCGCUUCCGCGUGGGUUUCUGGAGGAUGGCGAAGACAUCGCUGCUGCCACCUCGUCGUAUCUCCUGAAAACACCAAGCCAGAAGCUCAAUCUCAACAUGGUCAUGCAGCCGUACAAUCCAGCAUUGCGUGCAGUGCUCGACAACGGCGGCUACAAACCCAUCGUGCCGAGCGUAGACUCCAACGGCCGAAAGCUCUUCAAAGUUCUCCUCCACAUCGAAGGCUGGGAACCGAGCCCACGCGACCUGUACUACAUAUUCAUGCGUCACGCCUAUGACCGCGGUCUCACCUGGCCAUUCCACAACGGGGAGGACGCCAUCCACAGACUACGCGACCUCGUCGACGUCAAGUCUAAGCUCCUCCCCAUCUCAUCCAUGAACCCUCGUGCCGCGACGGCUGCUGUAGACGCGACGCCCGCCCCCGACCACGACCCCUCCUUCGACUUUCUCAACCCUACCGACGCAGCAGAGACCAGAGCCAACGUCAGCCAAAUGGUCAUGAAUCGCGUGUACAACCGAUGGAUCGUCGACUUCCGCGACGAAGACGCCGCCCGGCGGUUCGCGAGGAUGUGGAACAGAAGAGUGCUCCCCUUGCCCAAGACAACCACCUGGAGGGACACCGAGGAGACGAGAAUGGUGAACGCAGAGUUCCUCUGGUGAGACGAGACGAGAUGUAGUCUACCUUCAAUGUAACAUAGCACGAUGUAAAUC